AUGGGCGCAUCAUUCUUCGGCCUCACAGGCAAUGGCCUGACCAUACUUCAGCUCGCGCUGAUUGUGUGCCCGUCUUUCAUCCUCUUCGGUUACAACCAGGCCGGCCUUGGUGGUCUGCUCACUACCGAGGAUUGGGUCAAGACGUUCCCCGAGAUCGACACCGUUAACACCACUGGCGCAACCAAGAACAAGAACUCCACCCUUCAGGGCUUCGUUGUCGCUACCUUCACUAUUGGCGCUCUUAUUGGCUCCCUGUCCUGCUCUUGGUCUGGCGACAAGUUUGGCCGCCGCAACGUCAUCUUCUUUGCAGGUCUCUGCUCUCUCAUCGGCGAGGUUCUCGAGUGCUCCGCCUUCUCCCUCGCCCAGCUCAUCGUCGGCCGUAUUAUCGUUGGUCUCGCUAUCGGUCAGCUGUCCUCCAUCGUUCCUGUCUGGCAGUCUGAGACUUCUGGCGCCAAGAACCGUGGUCGCCAUGUCGUCCUUACUGGUCUCUUCACCUGUGUUGGCUACGUCCUGGAGAGCUGGAUCAACCUCGGUUUCUGGGAGUUCAAGACUGGCCCCAUUACCUGGCGCGCCCCUAUCGCCAUUGCCAUUCUGUUCUCCCUGAUCCUGAUGGGCAGCAUCUACUUCCUGCCUGAGUCGCCUCGUUGGCUCGUCAUGAAGCAGAAGUCCGCGGAGGCCCGUACCAUCAUCGCUGCCCUCCGUGGACUUGAGGAGGACUCCCUCGAAGUCCAGGCCGAGGUUGCUGGCAUUGAGCACUCCCUCGAGGAGACCACCCAGAACGCUGCCAAGCUUACCGACAUGCUCAAGAUGGGUGAUGAUAAGCUCCUCUACCGCUUCGGUCUCUGCAUCCUCCUCCAGUUCUAUCAGCAGAUGUCUGGCUCCAACUUGGUCUCCGUCUACGCGCCUAUCCUGUUCCAGCAGAACCUUGGCAUGAAGAGCGAGGCUUCGCGCGCUUUGGCCGGUGGUGCCCUCACCUGGAAGUUCCUGUCUUCCUUCGUUGCCUUCUUCACCAUCGAUCGCUUCGGUCGCCGUGUCGUCUUCAUUCUCAGCGGUGUUGGUAUGGCGCUCUGCAUGAUGUCUCUGGCCAUCACCACUUCUUUCCCCAAGGACAACACCGCCGCUCAGAUUGCCGCCGGCUGCUUCAUCUACCUGUUCAACACUUUCGUGCCUAUCGGUUUCUUGGGUGCCAACUUCCUGUACUGCACUGAGGUUGCUCCCAUCCGUCUCCGCAUGGCCAUGUCAUCCAUCUCCACCGCCAACCACUGGCUCUGGAACUUCAUCGUCGUCAUGGUUACCCCUGUCGCCCUCAACACCAUCGGCUACCAGUACUACAUCGUUUACGCUGUCAUCUCUGCUUGCAUCCCCGUCUCCGUUUACUUCCUGUACCCCGAGACCAUGGGCCGCAACUUGGAGGAGAUCGACCUGCUCUUCCGCGAGUCUCCUUCCGUCUUCGCUACCGUUCGCUUCGCCAAGAACCGCCCUGUCGCGAUGCCCCAGGAGUUCGAGAGCGAGAAGCCCAACGACAAGGCAGACCACGUCGACCAGAAGCCUCUUGAGGAUUCUGCAUAA